UGCAGCCACAGCCCUUGUAAUAAAGAUAAACCAAAAUAAAAAUAUUAAAUUCGCACCCAACCUCAGUUUUGACUACGGGUUUGGGUUUUAUGAAUCCACAGUCCGUUGUUAUAAGACCAUUCGUAUAUGGCUAUGUACGUUAAAGGGUACUCCCUAAACGGCAACGGAACAUUGAACCGUCUCUGAAAUUUUAUAAAAGCGAAAUGAAUUUCCCUCAAAAUCAUUUCCAACUAAAUUAUACUUCUCCAUAUACUGAAUAUGGCUCCAGUUACUGCUGCUAGUAUAGUUCCUCGAGAACAUGAUAAUGAAAUCGACCAAACAGUUCGUAAGUUAGUUUCUUUGAAACCGCUUGGCCAUGGUUCUUCUAAUAAUGCACCUAAGGCUGGAACUGCAAAAGAAUGGGUAGAAAAAUUACCUGGUUCAACUCGUAGAAGAUUUCAGAAACACGGAAUCGAUUUAUCAAAAGGAUACCCAAUUAUUCCAAAUCCAGAAGAUAUCCCAACUUAUGUUGAUGAAGCAUUUGAAAUAAGAAAUACAGAUUAUCCCUUCGAGGAUCGUGCUAAAUUUGCCGAUCCAAAAAAAGAGGCUCUAUUCAAGGCUGCAAAAGAAGUUAAGCAUUUAACCAAAUUUGUUGGAACUGAACUUGUUGGCUUACAGCUUUCUGAAUUGACCGACAAACAAAGAGACGAAUUAGCGUUGUUGGUUGCCGAAAGAGUUGUUGUCUUUUUUAAAGAUCAAGAUAUCUCGCCUCAAAAACAAUUGGAAAUUGGUCGAUAUUGGGGACAAAUUGAAAGACACCCUCAAGCCCCUUACGUUCCUUUAAGCGAAAAUAUCACUGAAGAUUCAACUGAAGAUUUGGCUAAAGGUAGUGGUAUCACAACUGUAUGGAGAAAAUUCUUCGAGGAAUACUAUGGCUUUAAUAAUGGUUUCAAAAAUCGACAAUAUUCUUUCCAUACGGAUGUUGUUCAUGAACGUAAUCCAGCCUCUUAUACCUCCUUAACAAUAGACGCUUUCCCUAAAUACGACGGUGACACUAUAUGGGCUUCUGGAUAUGGAGCUUACGAUAAGCUUCUGCCAGCCUUUCAAGCUUUUUUAGACGGUAAAACUGCAAUAUUUAGGUCAGCUCAUACUUACCUUGAUCGAGAAAACCCUUUAAGAGGACCAAAAUAUAUCGAAAGAGAACAUCCUUUGGUUUUCACUCAUCCUGUUACCGGAUGGAAGUCACUCUAUGUCAACCGUUCAAUGACCGUCAGGAUUGUGGGUUUAGAACCUGACGAAUCUAAAACUAUUUUGGAAUUCCUUUUCAAUGUUUACGAGAAAAAUUUGGAUAUUCAGGUAAGAUUUCAUUGGCAGCCAAACGUUGAAGGUCUGCAAACUACCGCUAUAUGGGAUAACCGUAUUUCUCAACACGUAAUCAUCCCUUUUGAUGAACAUGAUGAGACUGAAAAAAGACAUGGAACAAGAGUUAUUACUUUAGGUCCAGUCAAAUUCGAUCCGAAUUCAAAAUCUCAACGUGAAAGCCUUGAACUUUCAUCAAAUUAGCUUUGAAAUCCAGAUGAGUCUCUCCAUUACUCAACCUUUAUUUAAACAAAUAUUUU